AUGGGCUACGCCGCCUAUCCAGAGUUCGACGACUAUCAACAACGGCCCAACCCAGCCGCACCACGCCUACAAUCGCUUGCCUCGACAGUAGUUGGAGCCGUCGUCAUAGUAUACACUCUCUUCAAGACCGUCGAGUUCCUCGGCUAUCCGGUUGGCCGUUGGCUUUAUCGACUGGCGCGCAUGGCUGCCCAAAUCCUGCGCCACGCAGGCGCAUCCUCCCCACACGGAUCCGAAUCUGACACGAGCGACGAUACGGCAUCAAGCAGUGGAGGAAUGUUGGGGAGCCUCUUUAGUCUGAGUCCUACGGGUCUACUGCAGAAAGGGGUACGGGGCGUAGCGGGGGCCUUGUCAAGAGGCUCGACCGAAACUCCUCCCGGCUUGGGCAACAUGAGCAAUUCCUGCUACCAGAACAGCGUCAUCCAAGGGCUCGCGUCGCUCCCGUCGCUGCGCGAAUACCUUUCGAAGAUACAAUCCGAACAUGCCUCCCUUACCAAGGAGUCCAUGAACGGCGCGCUUUACGACCUGCUCCGCCAGCUGACCGAUCCCAAAAACGUGGGCCAGAGCUUCUGGGUUGGAGGAAAACUCAAGUCGAUGAGCGUAUACCAGCAACAGGAUGCGCAGGAGUAUUACAGCAAGAUCCUGGACACAAUGGAUGAAGAGGUGAAGAAGGCGUCAAGUAGUAAGAGGCGAACCUCUGUCUCCUGGGUUGAAGCGGCAAAGAGUCUGAGUGACUCACCAGACAGUGCAGCCGAUUCAGAAACGAAUUGCGAAAAUAGGAAAAAGGAAAAGACCAAGUCCAUCCCGUUGACGGAGCAACCAAAGACCGUACCCAAUCCACUGGACGGGCUCCUCGCCCAGCGCGUUGGAUGCACAUCUUGUGGCUACUCGGAGGGUCUUUCGCUGAUACCGUUCAAUUGCAUCACUGUAUCAUUGGGUCAAGACCACGCCUAUGAUAUCAGGUACUGUCUCGACGAGUACACUUCCUUGGAAUACAUUCGAGGAGUUGAAUGCGCAAAGUGUACACUUCUUAAACUGAAGAGUACAUUGACACCUUUAGUCGCUAAGAGCCCCGAUUCGCCAUAUGCAGCCAGGCUGAACGCCGUACAAGAGGUGCUCGACGAGGAAGACUUUGAGGAUAAAACCCUGAUAAAGACGCUCAACAUUCCAAAGAAGAACUGGGUGAAGAGCACAAAGUCAAAGCAAAUAGUAAUUGCGCGGGCGCCAAAAUCCCUCGUCUUACAUGUCAACCGAAGCAGUUUCAAUGAGAUGACGGGCAACUCGUACAAGAACACGGCCGGUGUUUCGUAUCCCAAAAUCCUGGAUCUGGGGCACUGGUGCUUGGGUAAUACACCAAGCGGGUCUCAGCAUCCCGAUAUGUCCCUCGAGGAGUGGCCGCGGGAUCCCAAGGAGUCCAUGUUGGCUGUGGCAGACGACGAGCCUACGACGAGUUCGCCGUUCCAGUACCGGUUACGUGCAGUGGUGACGCACUAUGGCAGUCAUGGAAAUGGACACUAUGUUUGCUAUCGACCGCAUCCUAAGCCGAUGAGUCAAAGAAAGGAGACUGUUGAGGGCGCUGAAGACGAAGGAGAUGAGGCACAAGACAAUGAAGAAGAGCAGUGGUGGCGGUUUAGUGACGAUAGCGUAUAUGCGAUUUCGGAGUUGGACGCGCACCAGGGUAAUGUCUUUAUGCUGUUCUACGAGCGUAUCGAUGAUCCCAUUCCAGCGCCACCACGCACCGACCUCGGUCUACCGCAGAUGCUGGCGGUUCCCGCGGAUGCCCCUCUGCCUCCGGCCGACGUUGCAACCGAUCCUCACCUUGUUGAUAUUGAUGAAGCAGCGAAUAUCUCACUUCCUGAGGAGGAUGACCUCCUCGACCUCAUUCCCCCGCAACCGCAACCAGUACAACCUGGCGAAAUUGAGUCUUGUGUGCCUCCCACCGUCGAAAUCCCUACAUCACCAAUAGCCCAGACCCCACCAAGCACAAACGACCUCAACUCCAACACAGACUCACAACCAUCGUCAACUCCACCCGCAUCUCCAUCACCAACUCCCACCACUAGCACUUCAGAUCCGAGCACAAACACAUCCUUCACCACCCUCCCCUCAGACGCCGAAUCAGAAGCAGACACCGACCUGCCCACCGCCCCUACUCCGAAAACCACACCCAUCCCCCAGGUGAGCCCGCACCUCAUGCGCACAGCAGGUGCGCGCCGCGGCCAGGGUGGCAGAAAGAGCCUCCCCCUUGUUUCGGCGACGUAG